CACUCGUGCGUAAUAUUCGUACAACCGGUGGCAGUCUAAUAACAACGUGUUGUGUUUGUUUGAAUGCAGUUCAAAAAUGCAACAGACAACUAUAGUAAAGUUUGCACGACGAUCUUUCUAUGCAGUCGCCUGUUUUCUGAUACUGACCGAACUGGGCCUGCUGCCACAAGUGGUGAAACGUGGCUUCUACUGCAACGAUCAAUCGAUUCAACACGAAUAUAAAGGCGACACGAUAACGACCGUUACGAUACUGCUUAGUGGGCUAAUUCCAGUCGCGUUGAUAUGGCUGACAGAAGCAUUCCUCUACACGCCAUCGAUCAGUCUGAGCAAAACUGAAACAGAGUCGCGGUGCCGCGGUUCCUGGCGGGAAGCUUGGUACUGGUCGAAGAAGUAUGGCCGAGGGCUUAUCACCAUGCUAGUCAUCAUCGGUACCAUAAAGAUUUUUCUUGGUGAAUUACGACCUCACUUUCUGACCACCUGCCAACCGGAUGUCGAAUGCAAGGGUACCGAAUACGUCACCUCGUACACGUGUACCAACAGCGACGAAAGUCUGUACUUUGUGCGAGACGCCAGCAAAUCCUUCCCUUCGGGCCAUUCCGCCAUGUCCGUAUUCGAGGCAAUCUUUCUCAUCUGGUACCUGGAAAAGCGAGUGCCCCGACUGCGGACCCUCUUCACCGUACCGCUGCUGCAGAUGGUACUGAUGUGUUGGGCCGUGUUCUGUUCACUAUCGCGCAUCACCGACCAUCGGCAUCACUGGUGGGACGUACUGGCCGGUACGGUGGCGGGAUGUAUUGCAGCGUUCAUGACGUGUCUUUUCGGAUGUCACAACUUCGACACGAGCAAACGGAAACGGAAGACAUCGCUAUACACCGAUCACGAUCACAAACUGAUCAACACUGGCAGCGGAAAUCCGGCAACCAUCGGUACACCACUUCACAAGGAAGAGAUCAACCUCAACAACGUGAUCCACGCCUGACCGCGCAGCUGGAAGCGAUCCUUGGGUAGCAGGGAGACCCAAGCCCCGUUCGCUGCCCGUAUUCCACAGAAACAGUAUUUUGCGCUAUGUAUUGUAUGACGAUUCGUUGCGACGUUUG